AUGCUUCGAGCGUAUGUUCUAGAUUUCCAAGGAAAUUGGGAUGAAUACUUACCGUGGGUACAAUUUGCUUACAAUAAUAGUUAUCAUUCGAGCAUUGGUAUGGCUCCUUUUGAAACUCUUUAUGGAAGACCUUGUCGUUCACCGUCGUGUUGGGUAGAAGUAGGUGAAAAGAGAUUUUUGGGACCCGAUUUGGUUCAACUAACUACAGAGAAAAUCUUAUUGUUUAAGGAUUGUCUUCGUAAAGCUCAGAGUAAGCAGAAAAGUUAUGCAGAUAGGAAGCGUCGAUCGUUACCUCCUGAGUUGGAGAUGAGACAUUUAGUAGACGAAGAGCGGUCCCAACAAGCAGAACUUAGUGAGUUGGUUGUCAAACCAGAUGCCACUGUUGAAGACAAGCCAAUUCGUAUUGUGGAGCAACAAGUAAGACAACUACGAUCUCGCGCAAUACCAUUUGUAAAAGUGCAAUGGAAUCCACAAGACGAGCGAGAAGCUUCUUGGGAGCUUGAGAAUGUUAUUCGUCGUUCUCACCCGCAUCUUUUUAAUAACGAGAACAAGCACAUCUCUAAUUUGGUUGCAACAAUCAGUAAUCCUUACUACAUUAUUGGAGACCUUAAUGCUCUUCUAGACUCUUCAGAUGGUUCAUGA